AUGGCGCUCCAAGCCAGGGCGCUUUACGACUUCAACUCCGAAAAUCCGGGCGAGGUGUCGGUGAGAGAGAGCGAGAUCGUAACUUUGUUCAGCCAGCAGGACAUCGACGGCUGGUUCGAAGGCGUGAACGGCAAAGGGGAGCGCGGUCUGUUCCCUGCGUCCUAUGUGGAGGUCCUGAGAGGCGACGCCAGCUCCGCGCACAACAACAACAACAGCAGCAGCAGCGGCACAUCUGUGGAGACGCAUGUGGACUCACGCUACGCCAACGUACCAUCUGCAGGAACUGAUCCUUCUGCGAAUAAAGCCAAUAAAGGGGAUAACUUUUCCAAACCGAAUGCAUUCAAUACGUUUGCUCUUCCCAUCCAGCAGCAGCCCAACCACGCGUACAACAGCCAGCAGAGCCAGGGGAGUGAUGACGACUGGGACGACGACUGGGAUGACAGCUCCACGGUUGCAGAUGAACCAGUGGGGAGAUACAGAGACUAUGAAGGCAACGGUGCGUCCACUUAUAGUCUAUCCACCGCGGCGAAUAGAGGAGGCAACGCGCAGGGGAAAGGCUCAGCCACCGUGAGUAGGAAUCUCAAUAGGUUCUCCACGUUUGUCAAGUCAGGUGGAGAGGCGUUCGUGCUUGGUGAGGCUUCUGGGUUUGUCAAAGACGGGGAUAAGAUUUGUGUUGUGAUGGGGCAAUAUGGGCCGGAGUGGCAGGAGAAUCCAUACCCAUUCACCUGUGGGAUCGACGACCCAACAAAGCAGACAAAAUUCAAAGGUAUGAAGAGUUACAUAUCGUACAAACUCUCCCCAACGCACACUCAAACCCAAGUGAACAGAAGGUACAAGCACUUUGAUUGGCUGUACGCACGGUUGGCUGAGAAGUUCCCAGUGAUUUCGGUCCCCCAUAUUCCAGAGAAGCAAGCGACAGGCAGGUUCGAAGAAGACUUUAUCUCCAAAAGGCAGAAGGGUCUGAUGUGGUGGAUGAACCAUAUGACCAGUCACCCGGUAUUGGCUCGGUGCGAUGUCUUCCAGCACUUUCUCACCUGCAGCAGCACCGACGAGAAGGCCUGGAAGCAGGGGAAGAGAAAGGCGGAGAAGGACGAGAUGGUCGGAGCGAACUUUUUCCUGGCCAUCAGCCCGCCAGCCGCCCCGCUGGACUUUCAAGAAGUGGAGAGCAAAAUCGACGGCUUCAAGACCUUCACCAAGCGCAUGGACGAAAGCACUUUGCAGCUCAAUGCCACGGUCAAUGAGUUCGCCCGGAAGCAAAUCUCAGGCUUCAAGAAGGAGUACCAGAGAGUUGGGCUGUCAUUCAAAAUCCUCAGCCAGGCCUUUGACAUGGACCAGGAGCCGUACUCAUCCAGACUCAACCAGGCCAUCUCCUUCACGGGGGACGCGUACGAGGCCAUCGGGGAGUACUUUGCAGAACAGCCCAACAAGGACCUGGACCCCAUUAUGGAUUUGUUGGGGCUGUACCAGGGACACUUAGCGAAUUACCCAGACAUCAUCCACGUCCAGAAAGGAGCCCUGACCAAAGUGAAGGAGAGCCAGAAGCACGUGGAGGAGGGGAAGAUGGACCACUCUCAGGCCGAGGGCAUCACCGAGCGCUGCAACAUCAUCUCGUGCGCCACGCUGGCCGAGAUCCAGCACUUCCACCGCAUCCGGGUGCGAGACUUCAAGGCCCAAAUGCAGCACCACCUCCAGCAGCAGAUCUCCUUCUUCCAAAAAGUCACCAGCAAGUUAGAAGAGGCUCUGCAGAAGUACGACGACGCCUAG